CACAUGGCUCGUUAUAGUAAUAUUGCGUGUAUACUAAAAAUGUUCUCAAAAUUUACUUUCUGGAUUUUUUUCGUAUGUCAUAUAUGUCUGUGAUACUUGUGGUAUCCUCGGCCUCAUAUCAGUCUCCAGAAGAAACAAACUCUCAUAAAUUCUCUCCAACUUUUUCCAGUAAGAACAAAAAGAAAAGAAAAUGAUAAGAAAACAGAGUGGAUGUGAGCCAAUCAUCAUCAUCAUCAUCUCCAUCUCUUCUGUUUAUCCUCUGCUACACAUAACAACAACCUUUCUGUUCCUAAAUCAAUGGCAGAAGGGAGAAGAAUAGGAUCAGUGAAAGCCGCCAUUAACAUGUACGGACAAAGAGCUACUCGAAGCGUCUCACCUCAGUUAGAUUCACCAGAAGCUAAGUCGGUUGCUGAGGACUUGCAUAAGUCAGGGAGAGAGCUAGGUAUGUACAGAGAGAGCAGAAAGGCUUCUGACUCUGCAAAGGCCAAAGCUGAAGCUGAACUAAACAAGGCCAAGAAGACAGUGGAGGAGCUAACUUUACUUAUAGAGGAGUCAAAUCUUAGGUUAAAGUCUCGGAAAGCUGUGAAGAAGUUAAAGAUUGAUGGAAAUGGUAACUACGCUCAGAUCAUGAGAGAGUUAGAGGAUGUGAAGCAAGAGCUGAGUAAGCUUAAGCUUGAUUUUGCUUUUGUUUUGAAAGAGAAGGUUGUGGCAGAGAAGGAAGUAAUGGAGUUAAGGGUGAAGAUGGAAGAUAAUUUGAAUUUGGUUGAGAGUCUUAAGUUAGAGGUGGAUGUUGGGAAUGAAGAGCAUGUUCUUGUUGAGUUAGCGAAGAUGGAGGCUUUGAAGGAAUGUAAAGAGGUGGAAGAGGAGAGAGAGGGAGAAAGGAAGGAGGCGUUUGAGUCGCUGGAUAAGAUGAAGAAGAGAAUGAAGGAGAUGAUGAAAGAGAUUGAGAGAUCAAAGGAGUAUGAGAAUGUGUUGUCAGAGACUUUGUUAGACAUUGAGAUGUUGGAGACGCAGUUAAAGCUUGUUAAGGACAUGGAGAGGAAGGUUCAGAGGAGUGAUAGUAUGUCGAGAUCCAAGAAAGGAAAGGACACUUUGACGGUUUUGAAAGAGAUUACUGAAGCAACAGAAGCUAAGAAGGAGGAGUUAGCUUCUCUUAAAGCAGAGCUUCUUUAUCUUGGAGAGAUAAUGGAUGCAUUGAGGAAAGAAGUUAAGGAGGUUAAACAAGAAGCAGCUAGAUUUGAAAAGAUUAUACAAAAGGAUGAUGCAAUGAUUGAGAGACUCAACACGAAGCUGCUUACGGCGAAGAGUAAACUAGAAGCAGUAUCUGCAGAUGAAGAAAGAGUCAGUUUUCUUGCUGAUAAUUUAACUUGUUCGUUGGAGAAGCUAAAGAAUGAUAAAGAAGCUGCAAAGAAAGAAGAGAUUGAGUUUAAAGAAGAAGCAACAAUCAUCAAGAGUGAAAUAAAGAAAAUCGAAAAAGAGAAAGAGUUGCUUUCUAAGUUAGAUGAGCUGGAGAAAGCGAAACAAGCAGAGGCCUUAGCACUGGAGAAGCUUGAAUCAAUGGUGGAGAAAACAAUGGAGACUAGAGAAAAGCAUUGUCAGGGUAACUCAAACAUCACAAUCUCAAGAUUCGAGUACGAGUAUCUGAGUGGACAAGCACGUCACGCUGAAGAAACCGCAGAGAAGAAAGUGGAAGCAGCAAUGGCGUGGGUGGAAGCACUGAAGGCAAGCACUAAGGAGAUUGUGAUAAAGACGGAGACUCUAGAGAGGGAGAGUGGGAUUACAGUGGUGGAAGAAGAGAGGGCAUCGUUUAGGAUGCAGAGGUCGCUGUCAAUAAAAAGACUGGUGCAGAACGAGAUUGAGAAGUUCAAGGAGGAGUCAGAAGACAAAAGCAGCUUGGUGGUAUCUCCUAAACCGGUGAGAAGGUCGGUGAGGGUUAGUGGGAAGUUCACUCCGGUUCAGGGAGGGAAGACGAGGAGAUACUCAUCAUCAGGAAACAGAGGGACUCCGAGUUACUUUGUAAUCAAGAAGAAGAAGAAGGUUCCCAACUUGGUUAAGUUUUUUAGCAGGAAAAAAAAAUAAGUUCUCUUUAGAACAGUGAGGAGUUUAGUUGUUCUUGUUGUAGUGAAUACUGAAAAUAUUUUUUUUUUUUUUUUUU